UGAUAUCUAAUGCAAAUCUACUAUUCUAUUCAAAUGCAGGAUACUGGGAAAGAUGACAAAUGGAAAAAAUCAGCCAUCGAUCUCCUGAUCACCGAGAGAGAAAGGCUCUUGUGGCGAGCUCAAGGUUUACCAGUCGAUACCGGAAGUCUGGUUGGCGCUUCCUGCGCACUCAGGGGCCCCCUCGUUCCAAUAUUCGUGGAUCCAUCCGGUGUUGCGGUUUCGUGGUUGAAGAAUAACAUCGGUUCGAGAAUCGAGAUCACGAAGCCAGAAGAUGGAAAAUUCUUAACAACGUUAGAAUUGGCUGUACGAUUUGGAAAACCGUUACUGGUGGAGGAAAUAGUUGAAUUUCCAUCGAUCUUAUUGCCGUUGCUACGUAGACGUCCUUUGAAACUCGGGGAAAGAACUUUGCCAGCCCCUCAGGGCUUCAAACUUUUCUUGGCCACCAGACGAGACAAAUUGGAUGGCUUCCCUAAAGAAGUAGAUGCAGUUUUGUUUAAAAUUGCUCUUGGAGCUGGUAGCAAGAGCCUGGCGGAAAGAUUCGUCGAGAAGGUUCUGUUGAAGGAGACACCGAAGCUUGCGUCGCAACGGAGGGAGGCGUUGGAACGCGAGGAAAAAUUAUCAGGGGAACGAGACACAGCAAGAUUGGAUCUGUUGGCGCAGCUGGCCACUGCCAGAGGUCAAGACCUCCUUCAGGAGUCUGAAGGAUCCCAGGGAGGGCUUUUGUCGUCUUUGGAAGCCACUCAAUCGAAAGCUAAAGAAAUAGCUCUGGCCCUUGAGGAAAGUCGACGAAGCUUGGAAGACGUUACCAGAAGAGCCAACGAGCACGAGAGAUUGGCUAAAUUCGCAGCAAACUUGUAUAAAACUGUGAGAGGCCUAACUGCAUUGAAUCCAUUGUACGUAUUCUCUGCAGAAGCUUUCACUGAUAUUUAUUUGGAGGCGGAGAAUUACAGAAAAACGAUACUCUCUCAAGAUAAAAGGGAACAAGAAAAAUUGGUCGAGAAACGGUUAAUACAAUUGUCCCUCCAUUAUUGCUCCAAAGCCGUGUAUAGGGAACAUCGAUUGCCAGUCGCAUUACAAUUGGCGCUUUCAUUAAAUUCCGUACCAGACGUUGAGAGAAAUUUCUUGUUAGGAGAAAUUCCAUUAAACGGCGAUGAAGAUUCCGAUUACAAAGUACCUGAUUGGGUACCCGAGGAACGUCGUCUAUCGGUUCGAACUUUAGCUUUAGCAUUUCCGCAAAUAACGGCGAGAAUGACGCUAUCGUGGCUAAAGGAUGUCAGUAAUAUCUACGCUGAAAGAAAUUUAACCACGUUCCAAAAGAUUUUAAUUAUCAAAACCCUUCGCCCGGAUUAUUUGCAUACAGCGUUAUCGAAAUUGGCCGCGGAGGUAUUAGGAGUGAAGGAUUUAGCGCCACCACAUUGGUCACUGAGGAAAGUAGCCGAACACGAAACCACAUAUCCUGUGUUGCUACUUCUGUCACCAGGAGCUGAUCCUGGUUCCGAGUUGAGGGCAUUAGCGAAUAAUCGUGUCGCAUCCACCACAGGAUUUGUCGAGGUGUCCCUGGGACAGGGUCAAGUUGUCCAAGCUGAACUUGCAUUGGAGAAUGCUUGUCGAAACGGGAACUGGAUCCUCCUCAGCAAUCUGCAUCUCGCCCUCAACUGGCUUCCCCGAUUGGAAAGCCUGCUUAGAUCGCCCAUGUGCACGGCCAACAAGAAUCCCGCAACGAGGAUCUGGUUAACCACCGAGGGAUGCCUGGGAUUCUAUCCAAGCCUCGCUGGUCUGUGCUUGAAGCUCGCUUACGAACCACCCGAGGGUGUGAAAAGGAACGUGAAACGUUCCCUCCACCAACUCCAUCAAAAGCACGAGAACGCCAUGAACUUGGCUGGUAGCCUUUUGCUGUCCUGGUUGCACGCCACUCUUCAGGAACGGCGAAAGUUCGUGCCGCAGGGUUGGAUCAGGUCGUACGAGUGGAACGAGUCGGAUCUCGAGGCCGCUUACGAAUUGGUCGUGAGGAAGAUGGAUGAUGGCAAGAGGAGCGAGAAAGACAAGGAUGGAAAUUGGCAAACUGGGAGAGGAUUGCUGGACGUGGCCAUUUAUGGGGGCCGUCUUCAGGACGAUUACGAUAUGGGGGCGCUGCGCUCGAUCGUUCGAGACGUUUGGUCGUCCGAGGUGUUCGAAGGGCGCAGGAAGUUGGCAGGUGUCCUCAGAGUGACUAACGAUUCGUUCGAGGACCUAGUCAAGGCUUUGGAACGCAUCUCGGAUAACGACUCGCCUAAGGAGCGGUUUGGAUUACCCGCGAAUGCGCACAGGGCUUGGGAGAGGACCGCGGCUGAGGCGGCAUUGUUGCAUUUAAAAGGUGUUUUAAUCAAAGUGUCUGGUAACGACGACAAGAAUAGCAAGAAAAUGGAAAUGAAAAUUCAAAGGGAUUUGAAAGAAUUGAUUGAUCGCAAUGGUUCGAUAUUUGGGUCAUCGAAAGUGGAACAAGAGAAAAAUAAAAAUCCGUUGAAAAAUUUCUUUAUCGAUGAAAUGAAUUUGACCAAGAAAACAUUGAAUCUUAUUCGUGUCGAUGUGGAAUCAGCUCGUUUCGAGGAUACCAAGACUCCCAAGCAUUGGAUGGAAAACUGGAAGUAUGGUCCAAACGAGAUUUUGCCUUUCGUUAAAGGCUUGUUACUUAGGCAUCAAGCCUUGGAGGGAUUCCUGUCCGAAUUUUUACCUGUCGUCGAUAUGUCGCGAUUGGCGAGGCCGCGGGCAUUUUUGACUGUUCUUAAACAGCACACUGCGCGUGAAACGCGACAGCCUAUGGAGAAUCUUCGUCUUUGCGUGAACUGGUUCGAAAAUGACAGGAACGACGAUUGGAAGGUAUCGUUGCUCGUCGAGGGACUUUUAAUAUCUGGUAAUUUCACUCGAUUAAUCUAAAAAUAAAAAUGAUCUAAAUAAACAGAUCUGUC